AUGACAGUCAGACAGUAUGCAGUGGCUUUCACAGGCGGAAAGGUCCUGUCACCACUCCCCAACCAAGGACUCUACCCCGCCGACGUGCUAGUGUCCCGCGAUGGCACUAUUGCCUAUGUCGGCCUUGAGAACCGCGACGAGGUCGCAAAUGCCGACGUGGUCAUUGACGCAGAGGGGAAAUGGUUGCUUCCUGGCUUUGUCUCUGCCCAUAGCCAUCUAUGGCAGAGCAAGUUCGCCGGACAAGCCCCCAAUAGCAACGUGACUGAGUGGGGAGACGGGAUCUAUUCGGAAGCCCGCGAGUUGCCAGCAUCAGAGUUCUAUGACCUCACAAUGCAAGGCGCGAGAAACCACGUCCGAAAGGGAAUCACGACUGCUUUCAACUUUACGUUUUCCGCCCGCUUCCGCGAGGGCCAAACGGACCGGGCGCAGUUCGAAGGGGCUCUGGACUCUGGAAUCCGGUUCUUUCAUGGGUUCAACAUCGGAGCCAUCAGAGAAACAUGGACUCCAGAGUUAGCCUUGAAGCGCGCUCGACUAUUUGUAGACUGGGCGUCUACCUUCAGCCACUCAAAUCAAUACCUCGGCACCAUGAUUGCACACCACGGGAUCAACUACGAUACGGACAUCAACACACGCAUGGAGGCUGAGGUCAUGCGAAAAUUGGGCCUGGGGGGACAAAUCCACUACUUGGAAAGUCCCCGGCCAGUAGAUGUCAAUCUAGAACAGUCCCGCUGGAAGUGGCUCAGAGAUGCUGGUGCAGUCAACUUGAAGCUUAUCCUAGGCCAUUUCCUCCAUCCAACCCCCGACAUUCUUGACGAGGCUUCCUCAUCCGGGCUCAAAAUGAGCUGGAAUCCAAUGUCCAACGGACGCCUCGGGUCUGGGAUUGCCGACAUUCCCACAUAUCGAAGACACAAUCUCCCGAUCGGCAUGGGUGUAGACGGAGAAGCGAGUAGCGACCGGAGCGACCCGUUCGAGAACAUGCGUGUGGGCCUGUACUCCGUAAGAGGCAAGUAUGAAGACCCGUCGGUGUUGGCUCCUCAAGACGUCUUUCAGAUGCACACGCUGGGUGCUGCGGAUGUUUUGGACGUGGUUGAUAAAGUCGGAAGCCUCGAGGUCGGCAAGCUGGCGGACAUCGUUCUCCUUAACCCCCCUCACAUGGGCCAUCUAGGGGAUCCCGUAUCGGCCUUUGUUUUCUCGUCUGGGGUUGAGGAUAUCGAACGCGUGUUCAUUGGAGGAAAGGAGGUCUGGCCGCGGACUCCUCCACUUGCGGAACCCACAAGCAACUGGCCGGCUUGGGAGUUUUGA